CUUAUUUUUGAAACUAUAGUGACUUGAGGUCAUAUAUUAUAUGUAUUAUAUGACAAACGUUAAGUAAAUCGACUGUACGGCGUAUACAGUGAUCUACAAUCUACUCAAUGACUAGGUACACUCGACACCUACUGUAUAGCAGAGCUUUUGACCGCUUUUCUAUAGAUACAAAAACGCAUACGUGUAAAAAAUCAAGGUAUGACACUAUCACACAUUCACUCCUCAGAACCAGGAUCUAUGGCUUUAAUAGUACCUAUAUUGUGUGGCAAGAGCGGGAAGUGAGUUAGUGAUAUAUUUCAGCCGCAUGCGACGUGCUGCUCUUCGCCCAAGACUGAAAUUGCCUUCACGCACGAGCCACACAUACUAUUUGUUGUCAUGCAUCUGUGUUUAUCGGUCAGUGUCCGAUUGUGCAUGGUAUACGCCAAGCACUUUUGGUGAUUUCCAGUUUACCACCCGGAACUUUUUUGGAUUCCCAUUCGACCACCCAGCACUAUAGGGAUUUCCACUUUACCACUCGCUGGACGGAAAAAGGUCGCAUUCCAACGCUUCAACCGUCAUCGAAAACUAAACUUUUAGUGCAGGUUUAGGUACCAAGUUUGGUAAUGAUUAAAAUGGUCACAUACGAAUUGCGUAACAAGUCAGGUGUAUUACUAUCGAAAAGUGUAGAUAUUGUGAAUAAUAUACAGAUUAAACUCGAAGAAUGCAAGUGCGAAAUGGCUAAAUUGAUUUUGGAUAAAUUCAACAAAGUUAUAACCAAGAAUAAAGGAUGGGAAAAUAUCAAAAAGAUCAACCAAGUAUUGAUUGGAGAAACCACAAUCGAUGAAGAUUUGUCAAGUAGUAAUCUUAAUUUAGAUAAUUAUUUAUGUACGAAAUACGCCCUGAUAACUUCGGUGGACGUAGAAAGAUCCUUUUCGAUGUUUAAAAAUAUUUUGAGCCCAAACCGUAAACGUUUUUUUUGAAGACAGCUUAUCAAAAUACAUGGUAGUCAAUUUUUUUUUAAUACUAACUAGUUUAUUUUGUAUUAAAUUAACUGGUAUAACUAAAGUAGGUUAAUUUUUAAAAUUGUUUUAACUAAUUCUUAGGACAAACCUGGUUAAAGAAAAAGGUAAUCUAUUUAUACAAAAUAGCAUAAACUUAAUGUAGUUUAGUAUUCAUGCUCAUUUUUAAUUUGUAUUUUUCUCAAAAUGUGUGCAUUUGAAAGUGUUUA